UGAAGAAAUAGAAAGCUUUGAAAUUAUUAUAAAAUCGAAAUUUUUAUAGAAUGACCGACUUUGUAUUUGAACAUUCCAUGUCUUGCAUCUCGUAAAUUCAUAGUGGUCUUCAAUUCAAAAGUAUUUAUUUCUGUUGUGGAAAAAGUUCUGUUUAUUGACAAAAGCAAAGUCAUUACCGUUAUAUUAGACUUAAAAAAGGAUUGUAAAAUUAAUUAAAGGAUAGUUUUGAAGAGAAUUAGUUUGGUUUGGUUGAAAAAGUCAAUUGGUUUGCAUAAACGAGAAGGACAUCUCAUUCUUUUGGAUGCACAGAGAGGGUUAUAAAAAGAGAAGCUGAUGGUUGGUUUUCUCUCUUGUCUUUGGAGUAUAAGCGAACGAUCUUUGAUUCAAGCCGUUUGUUGAUGGAAAACGAAGUGUGUAACUGGAAAUUGGAAGCAGCAAUUUAGCAUUUCUUUUUUUUUUUUGUAACAAAAAACUUGCAUUCAUUAUACCAGAAUGACAGAAACAUCCGUCGAAAGAGUUGAAACAGCUGUUCAAAAACCUUCAAAUGGUGAUGGGGAGUCCAGGGAUUUACUGGAUUUUAUCUCUGAGCUUCAAAGUUUACUUGGAAAUGAAUAUGAAGCGUAUACUAUGUGCGUUACAGAUUUUAUCGUUGGUCAAUUGAGUCGCAAAGAAUUAAAUAAUGUGCUGUCCAAAUACUCUAAUAAUUCGAGAUUUGUUCAAUUGCAUAACCGAAUAAUUUUAAGCAUAAUCAGAGAUUUGCAAAGAUCAGAAAAACCUGCUGUGAAUAAAUUGCCAUGGAUGAAACGAAAGCGAUCUGAUGGAGCUUUGUUCGUUCACAAAAAGUUUACUUCGCAUAAUUUACAAGCUAAAAAUUUGAAAAAAAUAAUUCUCUCUUUAAGUUCGAAAGACAGGGCCCGAAUUAAGGCAGUUUUAAAGGAAAAUAAUGGGCUUCAACCACAUCUUCCUGGACUGCUACUGGAAACGAGAAUUGCCAAACUCCCUAAAAUUCCAGUAUCUCGUGAUAAGUUAAAUUCUGUGUUUGUUAAUGAUAUUAAAGCCGGUUAUGUUGCUCCGCUUGCUUCUGAAACUUUGGAAGUUCCUGAUGCUGAUUCCCUCAAAGAACGCAUCACUGCAAUAGCAUUAGAGAAUGGUUUACUAGGAGGAAUUGAAAAGUCUGUUCCUGAUGUUAUAUUGGCGGGACUGGAAAACCAUUUAAAAAAUAUUUUUUCAAAGUGCUUUUCCAUUCUGGAUAGACUAAUGGAAAAAAGGCAGCAUCAUGAUUCUUCAUUUUCGUUACAAGAUUUAAGCUUGACUUGGUCAAUAGAACCGCAUAUGCUGGUAGAAGAGUAUCCCCAUAAUGCUAAGAUACCAUUUUUACUUCAUGAUGCUGCAAUGGAGGAUGAAAUAAACACGGCUACCAAAGAUUUUUCUUCUCCUUUACCAGAUUAUAUGAAACCGAUGAAUGCACCUUCUGAUGAGCGCGAAGCAGUAGCAUCUUUACUAGACGAUGUCAUUCCGUUGGAUUAAUACAAGGAACUCGAGAGGAAGUACAGUUUUUUCUACGAUUUGAUUAUCUUUUUUACAAACCUCUUUCUAUAAUGAAUUGACCUUUUGAGAUGAGUAAAACGCCUUUUUUAGAAUGUACCACUUAAAUUUGUU